AGCACUUUUUCAUUCUUCCACUUGUACUUCUUCCACAACGAACUUGCGCACAUACACGUACAUACAGUAUAUUGGCAAGAGCAUACGGUGGACCGUCCGACCUGGUUAUCUUGUCCACCCUAAUGAUGAUGAGAAAGAGGUGAGAGUUGCUCUACAGGUUCUUUUUCCAUCGUUACUGGGUAUCCGCCACUCUCCUUGUUUUGAUCAUGGAUGGCAGUGUCUAUCGACGGGGAGCGUUGUCUCGUCUCAAGCGGAACCAUGGGCUCAUGUCGCUCACCACGGGCGGCGUUGUAGACCACCUUCAUCCAUGUGGGGACGAUGCCACCAGGAGGAAUGACCCAAGGCUCAGAAGAGUCGUACGUAGGUGGAAGGAUGCGAUCGUUGCUGAUCUUGCGCAGGACCAACGCGGUACCGUUGAGGAGGACGUAGGAGAUGAUACCGGCGAUGACACCGUACGCGAUGUUGUAGCCCAAGGCGGGAUGGACGCGAAUAUAGGUGCGAAGAAGAUGGAGAUGAAGAACGCGAUGCCAGUAGUGAUAGCGGUGAAGUACCCAUGAGUGCACCCAUAGAGAUGGUGAAGGCGUCGACACAGUAGGCGAUAGUGGACCCUUCGAAGUCAAGCGUAACGGGAUCACGGAGACCGGCGAAUUUGGCCAUGGAGUAGAGCGUUCCGGUGGUAUCUAAGAACCAAGAUGUCAGGAUCGAGAGUAAAAUACUUACGAGAUCAACCUACCAAGGAUAUCGACAUAGAGGAACGUGAUUAGAGCGUACCAAACACGACCAUUUCCGUAGUUGAACUACAAGCACAUACGCUCCGCCGAUCUUCUCCAAAGGUCUGAAUGUGACAACCUUCUUGAAGAAAUCGAAACUGCUAUCGCCCGCAGGGGUAUGAGGGAAGUAGGUUAUAGCUGUUGGACGAGGCCAACUGACAAUACUUGUGAUGAAGAUACCGAUGAGGAUGGCACCCUUGAUACGGUAGAGCAUGAGGAAGACAGUGAGGAUACCACCGAGGAAAAUGCCAAGCCAGACAGUGGGACUUUGGAGGACGCGAGAGUUACAGAAGUUGGGUAGAUCCGGGAGCAUGUCUUCGGGUUUGCAACCACCGAGUCCUACAAAGUUUGUCUUGUCACCACCAAUGACGCCUAUACCGCCAGAUGCUUG